CUCUAAUAUUUCAAUGUGCAGUUAGGAAAAUCUUUUUCCUUGGGCCACCCAAAUGCCAAGAUUAGUGUCCUCCAUGCAACCCUGUCUUUUGAAGCCCCCAAAUUAUUUAAAUUGUGUGAUGUGCAUAACAACAUAAACCCAUUGUAAUAUCUCUUUGUGCACGUUCUGGACUGUGGUGAGAAGAUUGAGCUUCUGGUAGACAAAACAGAGAACCUCCGCUCACAGGUGGUGAACCUCCAUAUCAUUUUGGGCCUGAACCUGCUGAAGGACUCCGAAAUACUGGUGCUGAUGCCUUUUACUGCUACACAGCUCACCAAAUAUCGACAGAAGAAACCGGUCCCUUGGAAACAAUGGCAAUCAUUGGCAACAAGGAGAUCAUUGACAUUAACCAAGGGAGAUAGCUCGGAGUGCUGGAAGAUGGUAUAGUUGGGAGGGCUGCCAUAGUUGUAGUAACUAAAUCCAGAGGAAUGGAAGUAACUGGUGCUGUGGAUUCUGUUCUUGUGGGAGAAGAUGUUGGGAAGGGGUGUAAUAUGGAGGAGCCUUUGGAAAUACCUAUCAUUAGUGAUUUGACCAUGGUUUUGGGUUCCAUCUCUCAGUCGAAAGCAGUUAGUGUGGUCAUUGAUUUCAUCGACCUAUCAACAGUUUAUGACAAUGUGAAACAGGCGAUGACCUUUGGCAUGAGGAGUGUUGUUUAUGUGCCGAGGAUUAGCAUAGAUACAGUGACAGCAUUAUCUGCAUUCUGUGAGAAGGCCAGCAUGGGUUGUCUUGUUGUGCUGACGCUCUCUGUUGGUUCUCUACUUCUUCAACAAGCCACUAUUUCAGCCUCGUUCCACUACAAAAAUGUAGAGAUUGUUGAAUCAGGACCUAAUGCAUCGGUAACUUGAGAUGAGGAGAAAAUUUGUAACAAAACAAUAAACCUCAAGGUUUCAAUUCAAAUACUUGCUGUAUCUUUCUACCUGGCUAGUUACCAGGUGCGUGUUUGGGUGCUCAACUGAAAUGAAUUAGAAUAGUUAGUUCAAUAAAUAGGGAACCAGAAACAGGACGCUAGUUAAUGUGUUACUACCCACCAAAUUACCAUAACUACCAUUUUGAGUCCAACAGGAGAUUCAUUGAAUUGCAAUUAGGGUGUGAUUGUCAUUAUGAAUUACAAUGGUUCCACCAAUCCUUUAGCCAUUUCCUCUUUACUGGAUUAAUUCAUUGUAAUUCAAUUUAAUUGAGCUCCCAAACGAAUAAAAGACUUGCAAAUCAUGCCUUAUGGAAAUGUAAGUAAUUUGGGCUUUGACAUCAGUCUCCACCACUCUUCGCAUGAUAAUACAUUUGACGGUUUAGUCGGAGUAAUGGAGCUCUUCACUAAUAUCCAAAAUGUGAUGUGUUAGUAGUUAACAUGGCUUUGAUCUUGAGAGGCAGUUUUAGUCUGCAACAUUCUUUCUACAGUUUUUCAUGAAAAGAGGAAAAAGAAAAAACACUCUUUCUGCAAUAUAUUGUUUCGGAAAAUGGAGUUGAAUUACACCAUCAUUCUAUCAGUUUUAAGUAUGAAUCUUCCCUUGUUUUCGUUAAAGAUUCACGCUCAGUUGUGACAUUGAAGUUAGGCAUUCUUCUGAGAUGGUAAUGCUAAUUCCUUCUUCAUCACUGUGAUUUGUUCCAUGCGGAUUAUGUCUUAUAUUGCUUGCAUUAGUCUCAUUUUGGUUGAAGAAAUGAUGUAUAACCAGCAUCAACCCUGCUUCAGAACAUUGAAGAUUACAUAGGCUCAAUGCAUAAAAGAAAAACCUCAAUCAAACCUUCUGUUUUCUGUCUUCCAAGUUCCUCUAGGAUGACUAAAUUUAGAAGAGGGUGAUAUUGGUAAUGAAUAUGAUAUCUCCAUUCAUGCCAUUGUUCCUAAGAAUAGAAUUUUUUAAAGAAUUUCUUCAAUCUUCUAUUGCCUUAAAGAGAUAAAAUUGCUUACUGAAAUUGUUAUGAAAUUGCUUACUGAAAUUGCAAAAUUCUGAGCAAUUUUUUGACAUGACCUGUAAUUUCCCAUCAAUUAUCAAAACAAGAUGUAGUUGUAAUUCCUGUUUAUAAAACAUUACAAUGUGUAUGUACUGAUGCUAUUUGGUUUAUUUCCAGAUCUUCUUGACUGGAAUAUUAUCUUGAUGAAAGACCAUAAAUUUUCUUUGCUCACUUUUUCUAUGGAAGUUGCAGCAUUCAUAUUGACAUGAGAUACAAGUGGAACUGUAGGCAUUGGGAUUCCAUCAAUGCCUGAGUUUUCAUUAGCUUCUCUAUUGUAUACUGAGUUUUCAUUGCUUGAGUGAGUUGCUUUCAGGUCCUAAUGAUGAAUCUCCUGCAAACAUUGAAGCCGCAGUAAGUAAAAAUUCGCAAUUUAUCCAUUUUCUUUGCUUACUCGUUUGUUCAUGAUGGUCAAAUAGGGUGGUAUUGGAAUUUCAUAAAUUCGAAUGGAGCAGAAUGACCUUUGGCCUGAAUAUCUAUACUGCUGUUUCUUUCCUUCAAAGAAACGGGCGGCCUCACCAUUUCUAGCUGGUUUGACAUUCCAUUCUCCGUUCUCCUCAAUGAGGACCAGGAUUUCCACACUCUCCAAACAUAGCACUGUUUACAAUUUAGAAGAGUUGUUUAAAUAGGACCCACUGCUGAAGAAUACAAUGUUCAAAUGAAGGAAUGGGUAUUGUAUGUUCGAACAAAAGGUUGCUGAUAACAGGUAUCUCUAGAGCUGUUCCAUGCAUUUCCAUUUCGUCUUCUUUUCCUUCUGUUAUUUUAACUCUCUCACAUUAGUUUUCUUUAGGUCAAACUUUUGGUUGGGGCAUAGUCAGUACUGAUGUAUAGGUUGGGGCAGAGUUACUGUUUCAUGUGGUUUUGAUGGCUACCAACCGUAUAAAUAUUCUGGAUCAAGCCCUCCUCAGGCCUGACCGGAUUGACAGGAAGAUUGAAUUCCCAAAUCCAAACGAAGAGGUAUAAGCUACAUUUUGGUUCUUCCCCGGAACAUGAAACUUAAUAGUUGAAUCUUCUAUCCUUGUUUGGAUCUCUCCUAAUAAUUCCACCAAUGCCAGCUUUAAUUUCGCUAGCUACUGUGUGGAAUUCUGCUCAAUACAUAUGAGGUACUGAUCUCAUUUGUUUGAUUGUUUUUCAGCCCCGCUUCAAUAUCUUGAAAAUACACACGAGGAAGAUGAAGUUGAUGCGUGGGAUUGAUCUGAAGAAGAUCUCAGAGAAGAUGAAUGGUGCAUCUGGUGCAGAACUUAAUCAGAUGGGCCACACACUUAAAUCAAUUGGCAGCUUAUGAUCAGAGCAAAGGUACAAUUGAGGCACACCUGAUGAAUGGGUCGAUUUGAUUUUCUUGCCAGGGGAACUUCAUGAUGGGCCCCACCUUUUGCAUGGCUUAGAUGUUCUCCACACGCCCCAUGUUCGUAGGAAAAAACAGGGUAGCAUAGUAAGCAUAGCAUGCAAUGUUUGUAUGUGAUCGUUCCUCAUUAAUUAGAGAGGAUUUUCUUAUGAUUGAAAGCAAGAAUCAGGUCAUGGGUUGGGCUAUUGCAUCACCAUCAUCAACAUAUGGCUGAUUUAAUGGCCAUGUAGCCACAUUUCCAACAUGGGAUAUUUAUUGGAAAGUUAAAAAGUGAAAAAUCCAAAGUUCCUGUUUUAACAAAAAGAUGCCUACUAAUUCAUAUGUUAGGAUUGUUCAAACAAUAUGAUGUUUGGAAUGUGGCUUAGAAGUGUGGCAGUGUUGCUUAUUUUCAUCCAUUGUUUUUGUAUGGGCCCACCAUCUUGCAUGCAAGCAUUUUGUCUUUUCAUAUUUAAUUCUUUUGUAACUCUUGUUAUCUGAUUUUGGAGAUGAUAGAUACUAAUUCUUGUCCUCA